GGGCAUCCCUGCUGCUGCCGGGGGUGCCCGGAAGGCCAGGAGCGGACAACUAACGGGUCAGGCUGAGGCUCAGCGUUACCUUGAAUGAGCCUAGUGGCCUGGGUCCGCCCCCUUCAGACUCUGAGCUGCCGCCGCGCGGCAACACCAACGCUGCUCGCCGGCCCAACUCGGUGCAGCCCGGAGCGGAGCGCGACAGGCCCGGGGCCGGCGCCGGCGCCGGGGAGAACUGGGAGCCGCGUGUCCUGCCUUACCGCCCCGCACAGCCCGGCCAGGCCGCCAAAAAGGCCGUCAGGACCCGUUACAUCAGCACGGAGUUGGGCAUUAGGCAGAGGCUGCUCGUGGCAGUACUGACCUCACAGGCCACGUUGCCCACGCUGGGCGUGGCUGUGAACCGCACUCUGGGGCAUCGACUGGAGCGUGUGGUGUUCCUGACGGGCGCGCGGGGCCGCCGCACCCCACCGGGCAUGGCCGUGGUGACACUGGGGGAGGAGCGGCCCAUCGGGCACCUGCACCUGGCGCUGCGCCACCUGCUGGAACAGCACGGCGAUGACUUUGACUGGUUCUUCCUAGUCCCUGACACCACCUACACCGAGGCACACGGACUGGCACGCCUCGCCGGCCGCCUCAGCCUGGCCACCGCUGCCCACCUCUAUCUGGGCCGGCCCCAGGAGUUCAUCGGUGGAGAGCCCACCCCAGGCCGCUACUGCCACGGCGGCUUUGGUGUGAUGCUGUCGCGCACCCUGCUGCAGCAGCUGCGCCCCCACCUGGAAGGCUGCCGCAAUGACAUCGUCAGCGCCCGCCCGGAUGAGUGGCUGGGACGCUGCAUCUUGGAUGCCACCGGAGUGGGCUGCACUGGUGACCAAGAGGGGGUGCACUAUAGCUACCUGGAGCUGAGCCCUGGGGAGCCCGUACAGGAAGGAGACCCUCGAUUCCGCAGUGCCCUGACAGCCCACCCGGUUCGUGACCCCGUGCACAUGUACCAGCUGCACAAGGCUUUUGCCCGGGCUGAGCUGGAGCGCACCUACCAGGAGAUCCGGGAGCUGCAGUGGGAGAUCCAAAACACCAGCCGCCUGGCCGCUGACCGGGAGCGGGCCACCGCCUGGCCCGUGGGGAUCCCGGCGCCCUCGCGGCCGGCGUCCCGCUUCGAGGUGCUGCGCUGGGACUACUUCACGGAGCAGCACGCCUUCUCCUGUGCCGACGGCUCGCCCCGCUGCCCGCUGCGUGGGGCCGAUCGGGCGGAUGUGGCCGACGUACUGGGAGCCGCCCUGGAGGAGCUCAACCGCCGCUACCACCCGGCCCUGCGGCUCCAGAAGCAGCAGCUGGUGAACGGCUACCGGCGCUUUGACCCGGCGCGGGGUAUGGAGUACACGCUGGACUUGCAGCUGGAGGCGCUCACCCCGCAGGGCGGCCGCCGGCCCCUCACCCGCCGGGUGCAGCUGCUCCGGCCCCUGAGCCGCGUGGAGAUCUUGCCCGUGCCCUAUGUCACCGAGGCCUCACGCCUCACCGUGCUGCUGCCUCUGGCCGCGGCGGAGCGUGACCUGGCCGCCGGCUUCCUGGAGGCCUUCGCCACGGCGGCCCUGGAGCCCGGGGACGCCGCAGCCCUGACCCUGCUGCUGCUGUACGAGCCCCGCCAGGCUCAGCGUGCCGCGCACUCGGACGUCUUCGCACCCGUCAAGGCCCAGGUGGCUGAGCUGGAGCGGCGAUUCCCCGGCGCGCGGGUGCCCUGGCUCAGCGUGCAGACGGCCGUGCCUGCCCCCCUGCGCCUCAUGGAUCUCCUCUCCAAGAAGCACCCGCUGGACACACUGUUCCUGCUGGCCGGGCCGGACACGGUGCUCACCCCCGACUUCCUGAACCGCUGUCGCAUGCACGCCAUCUCUGGCUGGCAGGCCUUCUUCCCCAUGCACUUCCAGGCCUUCCACCCGGCCGUAGCCCCGCCUCAGGGGCCGGGGCCGCCCGAGCUGGGCCGGGACACAGGUCACUUCGACCGCCAAGCGGCCAGCGAGGCCUGCUUCUACAACUCUGACUACGUGGCGGCCCGUGGGCGGCUGGCAGCCGCCGCGGAGCAGGAGGAGGAGGAGCUACUGGAGAGCCUGGACGUGUACGAGCUGUUCCUGCGCUACUCCAGCCUGCACGUGCUGCGGGCCGUGGAGCCGGCGCUGCUGCAGCACUACCGCGCCCAGACGUGCAGCGCGCGGCUCAGCGAGGACCUGUACCACCGCUGCCGCCAGAGCGUGCUGGAGGGCCUGGGCUCGCGCACCCAGCUGGCCAUGCUACUCUUCGAACAAGAGCAGGGCCACAGCACCUGA